ACAGGGAAGAAGGGAAGAAUCGAACAGCGCUCGACCAGCCUAUCCGAUCGAAGCGGCGUGUGUUGGUGUGUCUGUCAAAGGAGCGAUGCCAAAGGAGGGGUUGGAAAGGGCCAAUGUGGUGUGUCCGUCCGGUUGCAAGGGGAUAGUUUUCGGAAAGUUUUCCAACAGCUCAUCGUACGAAACCGUCCUUCAGUCCUUACCGUACCGUCCUUCCGAGAGUAUCGACGUAUUCGUCGGUGUCGUCGACCGUCUUCUUAGGCACUUUGCGUUUGACUGUGUUUUUAUCCUAUCCUUCCACACCUUCCCUGAACCCCUUUCACCUGCGUUCGUGCUUCUUCUACUAUUGAUUUUUGGUUGCGGCAGUGUUAACUCUGCGUGGUGUUGUGUUUUGGCACAAGCGUUUAAUUCGUUUGCGAAAUAUGCAAUGAUGUGCAAGGGCAAAUCGGAAGCAAAUGGAAUAAGCGGCAUUCGCCACCGUACCCUCUAACACCAUGCCCUUGAUGCGAAGGUACUGCGAUCAAAGCGGCACACUGACAUGUUACUGUCCGAUCUACGCCAAAGUGCAGCGGAGAGUGCAUGUGGUGCAAGUGCAAUCGGUGCAAACAGGAAGCUAUAGUUAUACAAGUGAUCGCAAAGUGUUUGCGGAACCCCAGGUGCCUUCGUACGGUGGAGCAUUACAAUUGUACAGGAUGCGAUCCGCAGACCGAUUAAUGGAAGUGAAAGCGAGUGAAUUAUGAUACUUACUGGUCGGUUGACUUCCGAUGUGUACGAUUUAUGGGUGGUGCUAUUUGCUGGAUUAAGCUGAUUUCUCACAUCUUCGUUUUGCGCAUUAAAUAUGCUGUCUAUGUUACGAAGGAGCGACUGAAUGCCAUUCCAUUUUGUGUUGUUGCUUGUUUGAAUAGUUAAGUUAUUUGUUUGUGUGGUUCAAAUCAAUUUACGGUGGCUCACUAGUACUAGUGCGUUUUGGAUGGUUCACACGGAAGAGCACAGUAACGCGUUCACUCUGGAGUUCAAUCAAAUACACGAAGGUGGAGCCAUGUAUAUAUCAUGUGGGAGUACGGAUAGUACUCCCAUGGAGCCGGAAACGGGCUAUGUCCCGAACAAUCCCCUCUUCGGGAUGCCCCUCGACAGCCCACAGGAAUGCCCAUCGUCCUGUGGUGGUAGUGGCUGUUCCAGCUGUCAGGAGAACACAGCAUCGUUGCCCCUUGCGGGACUGCACGGAUCGGAUUUCAGCGACUGCGGAAACUGUCUCGACCACAGCGGUGUACUGAGCUCACAAAGCAACCUUGGCAGCUACUGGAGCGAGGACAUGAGCACAUUUCCUGGUCUGCCUCCACUGGACAUCGAUCCACUACCGAGCUUGUUUCCCUUUUCUCCCUGUGGUGCUUCCUACAAUAGACCGGAGCGACCGACGCAUGACGUUGCGGACGUGUUGCUGUCGCUGAAGCACGCCGUUCUGAAGCAGAGCCCAGACCCGCCACCGAUCGGUCAGGGACAGAGCUUUGCCACGCCGCAGGCCUCCCUCUCGUACACCGUCCAUCCGCAGAUGCUGCUGUCUCCGGCCAGUCACCAUGGGCACGGAUCGCAUGCGCACUACAACCAGAUGCCAUCGCAGACGGGUGGCCCCUACAGCACCAACUAUUACGACUCGUCCUGCGCACAACACUCCGCUCCUCCGAUGUAUCCCAGCAUGAGCGUCAACGUCAGCAUGAACAUGACAAUGCACGGGUACGGUGCGGAAGCGUCCGUCCCGAUGCAAUGCUCCCAGAUGCAGUGGGGAGCGCAGAAUGCCGCCUCGUCCGUGAACGUGCUCUAUCCGCCACUGCUCAGCCCGGUGCCGUACCCUCCCGGCACGACCUACUCCUUUACUGCGGACUUUCGCCCGCAAAGUCAGCCACCCCCUCCGCCACCCUCCGGAGGCUCGCUGUCUCCGCUGGCGCACGAUUCGUCGCGCAGCUCUUCCACAAUGACUCCCCAGAAACAGGUUCUACCGCAAGCGCAAGCGCAACAUCUCCAACAGCACCAGCAACAACAACAAACGCUUCAGCAACAACAGCAACAGCAGCAACAUCAGCAACAGCAGCUCCAGCAGCAUCAGUAUUACCAACAUGCACACCAUGCUCACCAUCAUCCCCAGCAGCACCAACAGCAGCAACAGCAUCAUCAUCACCACCAUCACCACUCACAGUCGGGUUCGGCGGCCGUAUCGCCCAACGCCGACUGCACACCACCAAAGAGCACCACCCCGCCCGACUUUGGCACCGUCGUGGACCAUCAGUCCACGCCGCCAACAACCACCACCUCGGCUGCGGCAGUUGCUGUAGCGGCGGCAUCCGCCGUGGGGUUCGCGGCCGCCCUCAAAAUGAAGGCCGAAAGUCGUGUGCUUGGUCUGGGCUUUGCGGACACCGUCGACCAGCGGACAGCGGCCAUUGGCGAGGACGACGAAGAGGAGGACGGCAGUGGCAGUGGCAGUGACGGUGCGGCGGGCGGUGACAGCAAGCCAAAUCUCUGCCGACUCUGCGGCAAGACGUACGCACGGCCAAGCACGCUCAAGACGCACCUGCGCACACACUCGGGCGAACGGCCGUACCGUUGCCCGGACUGCAACAAGAGCUUCUCGCAGGCGGCCAACCUGACCGCACACGUCCGCACGCACACGGGCCAGAAACCGUUCCGGUGUCCCAUUUGUGAUAGGCGCUUCUCGCAAAGCUCCAGUGUUACGACGCACAUGCGAACGCACUCUGGCGAACGGCCGUACCGGUGCCGGGCGUGCAAGAAGGCGUUCUCGGACAGUUCCACGCUGACGAAGCAUCUGAGGAUACACAGCGGCGAAAAACCGUACCAGUGCAAACUUUGUCUACUAAGAUUUUCACAAUCCGGCAACCUGAACCGUCACAUGCGCGUUCACGGCAACAACGGGCAAGCGCUGAUUACUUGACACCAAAAAACGUCGC